AUGGAUGCUCCUGGUGAUAUCUCAGACCCGACCCAAUGGCUGGAGACACCACUUUCGCUACUUGCGCCGCUCGAAUCAGCCCUCCGAUGUCAAGUUUGCAAAGAGUUCUUCGAUAACCCGGUCAUUACUUCUUGCUGCCAUACAUUCUGCUCCUUGUGUAUCCGCCGAUGUCUGAGUGCGGAUGGGAAAUGUCCAGCGUGUCGAGCCCAGGACCAAGAGCUCAAACUACGUCGCAAUUGGGCUGUUCAGGAACUAGUCGACGCGUUCCAAACGGCACGGCCGAGGGUACUCGAAUUUUCCAUGGAAACCGCGCGACAAGCCCAAGCGGAGAAUAGAGAGGAGCCUGUUCACAAAAAGCGAAAAGUCGCACCGGUCGAAGAGGAUAUCCAGGUACCAGAGCCCAGCUCCGAAGGGCGACGCACGCGCUCCCAACGACACCACCCACAACCGGAAGAGCAUCCUGCUAUCGAGAAUCCCCAAAUCAUUGAAGAUAGUCAAGAUGAGGAGGAGUAUAUUCCUGAGGACGGGUUGGUUGCUUGCCCCAUAUGUAAUCGCAAAAUGAAGGAAGAGGCAGUGUUCUCCCACCUCAACAUCCACCAAGGGGACGAGUCACCGAAAAAGCCUCAGUCAACUUCUUCAUCUUUCGGGCCAUUAAGAGCCCCUCAAAAAGGCCUAGUAUUCUCUGGCAAACCACCCGAGCGAAUCCCCGCCAUCAACUACUCCAUAUUGAAAGAAAACGCACUGCGAAAGAAACUCUCAGACCUGGGAAUCCCGAAUUGGGGCCCGAAACAGCUGUUGCACAAACGCCAUACAGAAUGGAUGAACCUCUGGAACGCAAAUUGUGACUCUAAGAUCCCCAAAUCUAAGCGGGAACUGCUUCAGGAGUUGGAUAUCUGGGAACGCACCCAAGGAGGACUUGCGACGGGGCCCUCUCCCUUUGUGUCAUCUACCAAUGUCAUGCGUAAAGAUUUCGAUGCAAAAGAAUGGUCAUCUAGCCAUGACGAUGACUUCAGGCGCUUGAUUGUCAAUGCGCGCAAGAAGGUCGGAGCAAAAAUGGCACCCGCCACCGAAACAGCACCAACCCCAUCUGAGCCACCGGCGAAUGGCAGUUUAGUCGAACCCAUUAUCGACGCCGACGCCGAUCAUGUUAUUGACUUGUCUGGGUGA